GUGUCUCGGGCUCCGCCCCCGCGCGCCGUGUUUUUCCUCCUCCCGCAUAUCCGACAUUGCUCAGCUCAUCACAGCUGACGUGGGAGCUACGUGUGCGCGAGCCGGGCCAUCCACUCCACCCGCAGCGCGUGACGAGCCGCUCUACGUAGUAAACUUUCGGCCAAUCACCAUGGAUACGGCGGUGGCAACGCAGGAAGGCAGCGCGACCGAAAAUGAGACGAGUCAGAUUCAGAGUGACUCUGAGUCGGUCACACAGGUGAGUGUAGGAGAGUCAGCAGGUGUGGAAGUAGUGACGUUACCUGGGGGCCAGACGAUACAUGUGCAGGGAGUCAUCCAGACUACACAACCCUCUGUCAUUCAGUCACCUCAGAUACAGACCAUACAGGUUGGUGCUACAGCUGAUGGAGAGGAAACAGACGUUUCAGAAACGCAAAAGAGGAGAGAGCUUCUGUCCAGACGACCGUCUUACAGGAAGAUCCUGAGCGAGUUGUCGUCUGACACUCCCGCUGUGCCAAAGAUCGAGGAAGAGGAGAAAGCUGAAGAAGACAUCCCUGCUUCUACCAGCAUUGCUACAGUGACCGUGCCAUCUUCUAUUUAUCAGACCAGCUCAGGACAAUACAUUGCCAUAACUCAGGGUGGAGCCAUUCAGAUCGGAGGUCCUGGAGCAGAGGGGCUGCAGGGGGUCCAGGCUCUGACUCUGCCCAGCCCUGCUGCACCUCAGCCUGGAGCCACCAUCCUGCAGUACGCCUCUCAGGCUGGAGACCCCACACAGCAGCUGCUGCUGUCUUCAGGACAAGUGCUGGUUCAGGCUGCCACAGGAGACAUGCCGACGUAUCAGAUACGCUCCCCAUCGUCAGGGUUACCGCAGGGUGUUGUCAUGGCAGCGUCGCCGGGGGCGAUCCACAGUCCACAGCAACAGGCAGAAGAGGCUACCCGCAAACGAGAAGUUCGCCUGAUGAAGAACCGGGAGGCAGCGCGAGAGUGCCGUCGGAAGAAGAAGGAGUACGUGAAGUGUUUGGAGAACCGGGUCGCUGUGCUGGAGAACCAGAACAAAACUCUAAUAGAGGAACUCAAAGCCCUCAAAGACAUUUACUGCCACAAGCCUGAGUAACACACACACACACACACACACUUAUACAUACACACACACUCCUACUUAUUUCACAUAGAUGCACAUACACACACAUGCAUAUACACACAUGCUAAAAGACUGCUGCAGUGCAUACACACACACAAACACGCACACACACACAGACACACAAUGUACACACACACAAUGCACUCGUGUGUGUGUGAGGUUUACAGACUCCUCCCCAGGGUUGAAAAUACCUACUCCUCCUUUGUUUUUCUGGUUUGAAUCACUUUGAUAUGUUUAACUUUGAAUAUUUUCCUUUCUGCCAUAAACACACACAUUCUCACAUACACACACACACACACACACACAUAAACACACUGCAUUAAAACAGAGAGCACCAUGUAUAUAUUAAAUCAGCCCUGGAAGCCAUCCCUCACCCCGUAUUGUUCUCAUAUUGUUCUAUUGUUUCUACCUUAUAUCCAAGUGUAAAACAGACAAACACACACUCACACACACACACACACACACUCACACACACAUCCAGAUGGAGGCUAUGCUGAACUGAAUGCUACAGUGGAUCUCAUGCUCUCAGUAAGACAUUCCUGUUUUCUUGGGGUGAAUGUAGCUUUCGGGGAAAAUCUGCUUUUGUUUGUUUAUGUUGCAAACACAGAAAAAUGAAUAUGAAUAUGAACAGAAAUGAUUAGAAAGUAAGAAUGGAGUAGACACUUAUUUUAAGUUAUAUAAACAUUGCUAAACGUGAAUGCACAUGUGUGGGGAAGGAUAUGUGUAUAUGCGCUGUAGGCCUGUCACGAAAACUACUUACAAACUUCAGUUUAUAUGAUAUAUUGUUCAAGACAUUAAUUAUAUUAUUGUCUUUUUAACUGUUUUGACUUUAUUUUGAACUUUUAAUUAAUAAUAGAGGGGGAGAUUUGUGCUUUUUGGCAACAUAUCUUUAAUGCUGUUUUUGUUAGGUUGUUUGUUUGAUUGUUUCAUGCUUAUAUAAACUGGGGAUGCAUUAAAUAUUAUCAAAAAUAUUUUUUUACAAAAAAAAUUAAUAAAAUGUUUGAUAAUUUCAUUUCAUCUUACGUCAAAUGUUUCAUUUUAAUUAUGAAUCAAAUAAAUAAUUUAAGCAAACAUACAAGCGAACAAAGUGGGAAAUAUCGAGGUCAGCAAAUAUAAUGAAAUUACUGAAGUCAUGUGCAUGUAUUGUACAAUAUAUCGAUACAGUAAUUAUCGUGACAGGCCUAUAACGUGCUGCUGAGCUCGAAGUUCUGUUUUGAAUAGUUGCUUGUGUUAUAGCUUAAGCAGUUAUAGUUAUAUAGUUGUAGCUUGUGUUAUAGAUUCUAAAGGUUUGCACUGUUGGGCAGCAGUUAGCUAAUUGCUACUUUUGCUACAAAGCCGAUCAGCUCUAUCGAUCUCUGCACUGUUUUAUCGAUAUCUGCGCUGUUCUGUGCAAUCAGAUCGAACUGAAUCAAAUGAAUCAAAUGAAUGUUCGUUCGUGUUCAGGAGGGCUGUGGAAAUUUGUCUGAUGUUAAAGAAAUUUACAAUUUAUUGUGUUUUUUUUGUGUGUUUUUAAAAUUUCCUCUGUAGUAUAUGAUCAUUAUAAAUUGCCAAACUGCUGUGUGUGUGUUUGUUUGAGCAUGUGUGAUUGGCUGUGUGUGUAUGUGGCUGUAUGUUUGCUGCCUUCUCUUACCUUCUUCAUGUAGCUACUGUAGCAUUGUAAGGCCUCUGAAGUGGUGCAUUAUUCUGGACUGGGCAUCAUGCCCACGUUAGGACGUGUGGAAAUAAGCAGUUCAUCUUGUUUAUGGGAAAAUCGGUCAAGUUAAAAAAAAAAGUGUGGACAGUUUUAGCCAGAAGCUGCCAGUCACGAUCAUUACCACCCACUGCAGAGUGCUGUCCACUGAGGGUGGUAAUAUUAGCUGGUACACAGGUGACACUGUGUAUCAAGUAAUGUUAAAUACUCAUGUUAGACUUACAGUAUUUAAUAUAGCAUUCAUUGUAAUAGGAUUUUGCAUCUCAAAAAAUUUUAUAUAAAUAAAAAGUUACUUUAUUUCAGUAAUUUAGUUAAAAAUGUGAAAUUCAUAUAUUAUAGAGAUGUAUUAAACACAAAGUGAUCUAUUUUAAGUGUUUAUUUAUUUUAUUGUUGAUGAUUAUGGCUUACAGCCAACCCAAAAAUUAGAGUAUUAUGUAAGAUUAGUUGUUACUUUUGGCUACAGUGUGGGCAGUGUGCGAAGUCCUGCUGGAAAAUGAAAUCCGCACCUCCGUAAAAGUUGUCAGCAGAGGGAAGCAUGAAGUGCUGUAAGAUUUGCUAACACUCUGACAUCACAUAAAAAAGGCCAAUUAAUAAAUAAAUAAAUUAAUUAAUUAUUUAUUUAAUUAAUUAAUUAUUAAAAUAGUCAUUAUCAAUAGUCAUUAUCACAUAAUCAUCAGCACCAGCUUAUAUAAUGUUUCUGAAUGUAUAGCCGGUUUAUUUGCUAAUUCUCUUGAUUUCUUUGAGGUUAUCAAGUCAGAAUGUUACUAAAUCCAUGCUAAUAGCAUGCUAACACUCUGACAUCACCUGAAAAUAAAAAUUUAAUCCACCUUAAAUCUUCCUGAGUUCCUGAGUCCAGAAUAAAGACACGACCUCAGAGGCCUGCUGUGACAUCAUUCUAAUUAUUAUUAUUAUUAUAAUAGUCAUUAUGACAUAAGCAUCAGCACCAGCCUAUCAUGUUCAGUCCCUGUUUGUGUUCUCUAUAGUUCUGCCUGAUGAUUGGUUCCCGCGGGCCUGUGUGAAUAUUUAAAUAUUGCUUUGUGUUGUUUUGCUUUACGUGGAAGUGGAAAAGUUAACGGAACAGAAACCAGCAUCUCCCUGUUUUAGUCUGUGACCGGAUUUUAUUUGUUUGUUUGUUUGUUUUAUUUUUUGUUUUGAUGUUUUUUUUUGAGUGGAGAGAAAUUGUUUAUAUUCCCUUUAUUGCUUUAACAUUGUAAAAAAAUACAAAAAAGCUCCUAUGUCUAUUUUUAAUAAAAAUAUUUUUCUGAAUGUA